UCUCAUGCACCAGGAAUUUGCACAUUUCCAUGGCCAUAUGUAAGUUACAUAUACAGCAACCGAGGUGUUCCCUAUCGGUUACCAACCCUCCUUAUUACACAGUUACUUUCAGACACUAGACACUAUACACUUGACCCUCAUAUCUGUAGCUUUCCCUUUAUGUUAUUCGUGGCAUUGUAAACUUGUUCCUGAUCGUCUAGAGGAGGUAGAUUAUUCUGAAAGCCUCAUAGCCUCAUACUUUUUUAUCGCUUGGCAAUAAUGUUUAAAUGAAAUUCGAAACAAUUUUUUUAAAACUAAUUAUGGAGUUGUUGAUUCGUUUAGUUACUGGAGCUUUUGGCUGAUUGCACGACGGCUUCUGAUCCUACUUUCCUAUUAAUUAAUGUUUAGUCUGAACCGUAGUGUCAAAUCCAGACGGAAUUCCACAGAAUUCCAACUAUAAAUAAAUCUUUCGACAUGGUUACUCAGUCAAAUAUAUCGUUUUUAAUUCUCGGUAUAGAGAUCUGGAACCCUUAUUCGGUACUGACCGAUUUGGAUUCACAUCAAAUAAAUCAGACGCCUAGUUUAUUUCUAUUGACAUUCUAUUCUAGUUUCCAAAUCAUGGCAGGAUAAACUAGUCAUAUUUUUAUUUUAUUUUUUUUUAAUUCAAAAUGUCUGGCGCCAUUCUUUAAGUAGCACAAACUAGUUUUUUAUUCUUUCUUUAUAAUAUCUGUUUUAUUCAAUGCCACGGUCCUUUCACUUGAUACAACCUUUAUUGCGUUUCAAGUCCAACAAAAUUGCAGUUAAUUUCACUUGCAAGGACUCCGUGUUUGAUGUCGAUUACUAUUGCAAUCACAUAUAGCUAGCCGAAAUGAAUGUAGUAUUGUAGCAUUAGGGUUGUUAUAUGUUUUUUUGUUUCAUUUCUGAUUAAGGUCGUGAUAGAUCGGCUAUACAAGCAAUACUCGGAACACGCCCUGCCACGAAGAAUUUCAUUUCAAAUAGAAUAACUAGAUUUAGAUCACCACAGGCUAUGUGUGUUACGCUUACGCAUUAUGUAAGAGAAAGCGAACGUGAUUUAUUAACCCAGUUUAUGGUAACUCUCCAGGUAUGGAAUUUGCAACUAGAAAUACCAGAUUCACUCAUUCUUGACGUGCUCAUAAACGUUUAUAGAAACAAACCAUUAGAGCUAAGCUUCUAAACUACUUUUAAGUAUACAGAUUAAAAGCAUUGCGUACAUAUUUGUAUUGUUUUGCUUCUUCUCGUUACCUGAAACUUCAAUUAUUCCCUCAUCUCGCUCACGAUCGAAUACAAGGAGGUUUCUUUAAACGGUUGGGCCAUUUGUCAUUCAGUGCUACAUAGAUGUAUUACGUAGACUGGACAGGCCGCCUAACACAGACCAGCAGAGACGCAAUUUUACAUGAGAGUAAAAUUCCAGUGUGUCUUCCUCCAUCAUGGCCUAAAAUAGGAAUUUCAUUUGAGGAAGGUACUAUUCCCGUUGCUGUUACUACCCACCAAUUUCUCCUUUCGCUCAUCUCCAUACGAUAAGACGCCUCCAGCUAAAGAAGAGAAUGUAUUUGCUUUGGAAGGUCUUCCAAUCACUUUCAGUCGAGCGUGUUAAAAUAUAAAAGAUGGUCAGUAUUGAAUUCAUCUUCACACUCCUCUCUCAACUCUAUUCAGAAGAGCAGCAAAACACUCCCCACUUCUACAAUGAAAUUCAUCAUCGCUCUCGCUUUCUUGGCUGCUGUAGCCCUUGCCGCACCUCAAGGUGACAAUAAGCCAAUUGAAAUUGUGUCAUCCAACAGCGAAAUGAACGCUGAUGGCAGCUAUUCUUUCGAUUUCGAAAGCGCUGAUGGCACCAAGGUCUCCGAGAGCGGCAGCCAGAAGCAAGUCGGACCUAAACCCGAGGAUAUCGGCACCGUCUCCAAGGGAUCUUAUUCGUACACCUCUCCCGAUGGUGUCGUCAUCACCGUCAACUGGACCGCCGAUGAAAACGGUUUCCAGGCCACUGGUGACCACCUCCCCACUCCUCCCCCCAUGCCCGAGCACGUCGUCAAGAUGCUCGCCGACUUGAAGGCCGCCGGUGUCCUGUAAGCGACUCAAUCUUUUAAUUUCCGCUGUGUAUGUACAUAAUGCCCAACUCUCCUCGAGUAUAAAUCGACAUCAGUUUGAAAUGGGCUUGUAUCAUAUAACAACUUCCUUGUACGAAAAUGAGAAAAUCAAAAUUUAUCCCAACCGCAA